GAAAUUGGCAUUUUAAUGUAGUUGUCUUUAUUGUGAUGGUUUGUGGUGAAACUUUAGCGGAGUCUGAUCUUGAGUGAGCACCUGAAGGCAGCAGCAGCUCUGAUCCGCCUCCACCGCCGCCGAACAGGAGCCGUGAAGAAGCAGCGGAGCGACGGAUAGUGGACUGGAGUUUGUCCGCCCUGGCUUCCCAUUACGACUCCACUGCUUUAUUGUCUCUGCGGUGAACGAAUAUUGGCUUGAAACUCAACCGUUGAAAAAACACGGUCAAACGGUGUCGGGGACUGGUUUUUUUUUUUUGGAGGCUUUUGUACAGACACAGCAGAGGACGGGAGGGAAAGUGCGACUCCAAAGUUGACACUGAGCUGUCAUGUUGGUACUUGUUGAAUAGGAACAACAGAGCAGCCUGUGUGGGCAGCGCGCUGGAAACAGGGUCUUCUGUAUCACCAUGAGGCAGUGACAGCACAGGGGCAGCGAUGGCAGAGCUGGAGAUUGACCAGUCCAACCUUCCACGCGUCCAAGAAGUGUGCCAGUGUUUUGCUGUGCUGGAGGAUGGAGUGUUGGCACACAACCUACAGGAGCAGGAGAUCGAGCAAUACUAUACCACCAACAUCCAGAAGAACCAGCUAGUACAGAAUGACAUCCGUGUGGCGAAGAAGCUGCAGGAUGAGGAGGAGGAGCGGCAGGCCCAGCAGAGCGCCUUCCUCAGACAGGCCUCCAGACAGCUAGAGGAGCAGGACUUUGAGUAUGCCCGAGUGAUUCAGGAAGAGCUCCAGCGAUGCGCUGAGGAGACCCAGAGGAGGGAGCAGGAUGAUGAGGAAAUAGCCAAGCGGAUGCAGGAAGAAGAGGAGCAGAGGGUCAGGAGGAGGAGCAGGGGACAGGAAGACCAUAGUGAAGGCAGCACCAGCGACCCUGCACUGCUGUCCUCACAUCAGCAUGCACUCAGCAGCCUUCACCAAGGGGAGGAGCAGUACUCAUCUACCACCACCACCAGGUGGCAGUGUUCCACCUCUCAUAACCACUCAGACUUAACUGGGCCUCAGACUGACUCCCUCAGGGAGGUAGCAGCCCAGAAAAACACUACUUCAUGGUCAAAUCAAGGACACGCAGAUUUCAUUAGGCAAAUCAGGAGUGAAUUGAGGGAGCCUUUGAGUGAAAAUUCAGAGGACUCAGACACAGAUUUUUCUGAACAGCUCUCUGCCCAUUUCCAGAGAAUGAAUGAAAGACUCAACACAGCACCUACUCGACAGCGGGCAUCUUUACAUCAGCCACAAGAGAGAAAUUACAGAAGUCUUUGCUCUCACAGCAGCUUCUCAAAUGAGUUCAGAGGCUGGAAGGAGGGGAGAGAAGAGAGGGAUGAGGACAAUUACGAUUAUUGGGAUGAACCAAGGAGGAGGCCAAGAAAUCAGGAUCAGGAGAGGAACCACAGAGAGGAGUAUGAGCAUUGGCACAGGAGUAGAGAUCAGGAUACAGACUCUAGGUCAUUUGAGGUUAGAGAUAGGCGAUGUAGUCGGAGUGAAUCUGUCAGGUUGCAUGACAGGAGCAGACACAGCAACAGAGACUUAGCAAGGACCUGGAGCUGCAAGGACAACCCUGACAAACAUGUCCGUUUUCAUGAAGGCACCAGGACCUCUUACAGGCAGCAGAACGAAAGCAGCCAAGUGUGGGAGAUGCUGGGCCGUGUCCUCAGAGAGAGGGGUGUGCCUGUGAGAUUUGGUGGCGGUGGGGUGCCACUGCAAAUAAGGCCUCAAAGCAGAGACAGCCAGGUGCUUCACGGGAGUGAGGUCUCCUACGGUGACUCCCAACCACAUCAGAGAGCCUUCCAGAGAGCUGCCACCACCAGGCACAGUUUCCAUGGAGAUAUCAGGGAGAGGAGGAGAUCGUCAUACCGAGAGAACAGUGGGAGAGAUCACAGAGAAGACCGAGACAGGCACCAUGAUAAUGGAGAGGUUUAUGAGAUUAGUAGUAGAGACCAAUUUCUUGCUAACAGAGAGCGUCGAGGUAGUGGAAGGUGGACAGAGCACAGAUACACCAACAAUGACGAGAGAGGAGAGAGGAAUGCAAAUGACUACAGAGUCAGAAGGACAAGUGAUCGCAGGCGUUGGCACAAGACGGCCGAAGAAAGGUUACGCUCAGAGGAGGAGCAGGAGGUGGAGAGGAGAGAAGAGCGACCCCAUCGAAGAGCCCUGCAGCAUAGCCAAAGCUUCAGCAGCAGGGGUUCAACCAGGGAUAGGUCAAUGCACAUGGCAGCAGGAGCGUCGCUGCAACCAGAGCCGAGCGAGACAAGCCUGGAUCUGGGGGAUCUGCAGCAGGUCUUACAAGAUGAAGAGCUGGCCCGCAAGCUGCAGGAGGAAGAGGAGAAGCUGUUGAGGAGGAACGGCCAGCCGUCUCCAUGUUUUUAUCCAGAAGGAGACUUCAGAGUAGCACAAGUGGCGCAGGAUGAGGAAAUUGCACAUUUUAUGCAGAAGCAGGAAAUUAAGUCCAAGCGUAGAUCUCGUGAGCUGGAAGGGCCGGCGUCGUGGCGUGAGCACAGAGCGAUGAUCAGCCAUCAUGACAGACGAGCUGCGAGAGAGAGACAGGUCCAAAGAGAGAGACUUGACUCAGAAGGUCUUCCUUCCCCCACAGACGACUGCUCUCCAGAGAACCAGCCUCCCAGCCCCAUCUCCACUCUACCACAAGCCCAGCAGAUCAGAAACAUUGCAGAGGAGUUGGACCCGACCUUCCAGGCCAGGAGACAAGGCACAGACAGCCUCCGAGUGGGACAAACAGGUCCAGCUUCUCAGUCACUUCCCACGUCGCAUUCUUGCGCACAUGAUUUCCUCGAAGAGCCAUCUUUCAUCCCACCAACAAAACGGCACACGGACAAAUCAGGACGAAGUAAACCCAAAGAGAAAAAGGAGAAUUGCAAGCAACAAUAAUCUCCAACACGGUGUUCUGUUGGAGAGCAUAUGUAGUUUAACCCUCAUGUCGUCCUGUGGGUCAAAAUUGACCCGUUUUAAAGUUUGAAAAUGUAGAAAAAAAAAUACAUUUUCACAGUGAAACUUCUGAUGUCCACAUUUUCAACAUUUUUGGGAAAUCUUUGAACAUUUUUUGGUGGAAAAAAAGAAAUGCUAAAAAUGUUUCUUAAGAACAUUCACAAAAAAACUACCAAAAUCCAGCGAAUUUCGCUGGAUUUUGGUUGAUUUCUAUUUGAAUGUUCUUAAAGAAAAUAUUACAAAUUUUACUGAUAUAUAUAGAAUCACUUUAGAUAUUUUUAGGAUUUUUUGAAAGAUUUUUACUCAUUUUUUAAAAAUAUAAUUAUACAAGAAUUUUCUUGCCAAAUUUGGGGGAUUUUUUUAAAAAUAAAACUUUUAAGGAAGUAUUGGAAUUUUCUUCUUGAGGGUUUUCCAAAUUUUCAGAAAUUUAGGGAAUUUCUUUGCUGAAUUUUUGGAUUUUUUCCAGACAAGGAAACCAUAUUUUUUGCUGCCCAUAAAUGAGGACAACAAGAGGGUUAAAACACUUAAUAUCACUUCAGCUAGAGCUCUCACAGCUUACUACUUUAAGGUUGAAAAUGACAGGAUUUACAUUCUACCAGCUGCCCUUACAAGCACUUUAGACCAGUGGAACAAAGAGACAUUUUAGGAUUUUGCUUCUUAUGACAACAUUUUGGGACUCAAGCCUUUCUGAUUAUCAAAGGGAACAUUUGGGUUUAUUGAAGUAUUCUUUCAGUUCUUUCAGUGUAGAGUGUUUAAUUUAAUCAGUAUACCUUUGUUGUUGUUUUUUACAAUACUUGUAACUUUUGUCUUUACGUAGUCAAGCAGUAUACUGACAGCAUCCAAAAAUGUCUGCAUGCCCCAAGUUGUGCUUAAAUUUUAUUUCUGCAACAGUAGAAGUGAUGAAGUGGUCUACGUGAUACUGAUUUAGUAUCAUUUCAGCUUUGGUCAAAUGUGGUGUAAUAUUUAGAUGUAGAACCACGGGUGGGACAAAAGCCACGUUUGAAUUUUCCAAGAAGACAAAACGAGAAGUUCUUGUGAUAACCCUGUAACCUGAGUGACUGGUUUUCUGACAAGCUACUUUAAGUCAUCCACCUUUGGAGUGUCAGCAAGUUUGGUUAAGUUUGUCAGAGUUCAUCAGUCAAGUUUCCAGUUGUACAGAGACAAUCAAAUGACCAUAUUUAACCUUUAAUAAAUGAAGGUUACAUUCAUUAAAGAAACUUCAUUAAGUUUACCAUGACAGUAUGGUAAACUGAUGUGUCAUCUCUAGAUGUAAAUACAUUUAAUUCAAGUGAGGAAGUUCAUUCUUGAUCUUUGACAGUAUAUUUAACAAAAAUAAUCUAAGCUUCAAUGUCCAUUACUGGCUACUGUUAGCUUUGGAGGUUCCAACUACAUUUCUUAGCUGCUGAGAUCUGACGCCAAAGACCAUCUUUAGACUAAGACAAGUUAUGUCUUGUAUAUUUUCCCAGGAGAGUUUUUACCAGUCCAAAACUAUGAUACUAGUCAAAAUUAUUCCAAUAAGUUCAGUAUUUAGUUAUCCUUAAUACUGAAUACUAAUCUGACAGCAGUGAUUGGUUUAGAUAUUUAUACACAUAUUCCCACUCAUUGGUUUCUGAUUUAGUUUUUUAUCCUAUUGCUUCCACAUUUAUAACACUUGUUUUUAAAUGCAAUAUCCCACUGUCUGGUUAUACCACUAUGAAUGCAGCUGUACUUUACAAAAAUGCAACAAAUAACUUUACAAAAAUGCAACAAAUAAACAAAAAUAUUUUUUUA